AGAGAACCCAGGAGUCAUGGGAUUUAUACUACUGCUGGGUAUAAAAGUUUUCUCAUCUGUAAAACUGGGAUGAUGAUAGUGUCCUCUGCUGUAAGGUGCUUUGAGAUGGAGGAAAAGCUCUAUAAAGAGGUUCCCAUCAGGAAUCUGUGGACCAUGGGAGGUCUUUACCAUCAGGGCUGCAGGACGGUUAAUGGUGACAAUGGUUGGCUGAGGGCGUGUUUGGGUAUAUUUUAAGGACACAAAAUGGAGCAGAAGAACCUCACUGCCACAGUGACAGAAUUUGUCCUUUUGGGCCUCACCCAAAGUCCUGAGCUGCAGCGAUUCCUCUUCAUCAUCUUUUCCAUAGUCUACCUGACAACCUGGCUGGGUAACUUCAUCAUCAUCACCACCGUGAUCUUCAACCACCAACUCCACACCCCGAUGUACUUCCUGCUGGCCAACCUAGCUUUCAUAGAUAUUAGUGAUUCUACAGUCAGUGUGCCAAAGAUGCUGUUGGGUCUCCUCUCCCAGCACAAAACCAUCUCAUACAAUGAGUGCAUCCUCCAGAUGUUCUUCUUCCACUUCAUUGCUGGUGCUAUGGUCUUUUUACUUGUGGUGAUGGCUGCCGAUAGGUACGUGGCCAUCCAUAAACCAUUGCAAUACUUGACUCUUAUGAACCGGGGUGUGUGUGUGGGGUUAGUGGCAGGCACAUGGAUGGGUGGACUGGCUCACUCUGCUAUUCAGAUUGGACUGGUCCUCCAGUUACCGUUCUGUGGGUCAAAUGUCCUGGACAAUUUCUAUUGUGAUAUCCCACAAGUUGUCAAACUGGCCUGCACCGACACCUACCUGUUUGAGUUGCUUAUGGUCUCCCAAAGUGGAGUACUUGCCAUAAUUAUCUUCAUCCUCCUGCUCAUUUCAUACACUAUCAUCUUAGUCAAGAUAAGGACACACCUCAAGGAAGGGAAGCGCAAGGCUCUCUCCACCUGCGGAACGCAGAUCAUGGUUUUGUGUUUAAUAUUCAUACCCUUCAUAUUCAUCUAUGCUCGACCCUUCCGGAAAUUCCCCAUAGACAAGGUGGUCUCUGUCCUUUACACUGUAAUCACCCCAAUGCUGAACCCUAUAAUCUACACACUGAGGAACACCGAGAUGAAGAAGGCUAUCAGGAGACUGAUGAGCAGAAUUCUCUUCUCAGGGAGGGAAAUGAAGACGUAA